GCAUUUGGUAUAGUAUCUGGGCCUAACUCAAGCCAGGAGAUCAAAAUGAUUCUCAACACUUCUACCGAAGAUGGUAUUAAAAGAAUCCAAGAUGAUUGUCCCAAGGCUGGAAGACACAAUUACAUAUUCAUCAUGAUUCCUACUUUAUACAGCAUCAUCUUUGUGGUGGGAAUAUUUGGGAACAGUUUGGUGGUGAUUGUCAUUUACUUUUACAUGAAACUGAAGACUGUGGCCAGCGUUUUCCUGUUGAAUUUAGCGCUGGCUGACUUAUGCUUCUUACUGACUUUGCCACUGUGGGCUGUUUACACUGCAAUGGAAUACCGCUGGCCCUUUGGCAAUUACCUGUGUAAAAUUGCUUCAGCCAGUGUCAGUUUCAACCUCUAUGCUAGCGUGUUUCUACUCACAUGUCUAAGCAUUGAUCGCUACCUGGCCAUCGUUCACCCAAUGAAGUCCCGCCUUCGGCGCACAAUGCUUGUAGCCAAAGUCACUUGCAUCAUUAUUUGGCUGCUGGCUGGCUUGGCCAGUUUGCCAUCGAUAAUCCACCGAAAUGUAUAUUUCAUUGAGAACACAAAUAUCACCGUUUGUGCUUUCCAUUACGAAUCCCAAAAUUCAACCCUCCCCAUAGGGUUGGGCCUAACCAAGAAUAUACUGGGUUUCUUGUUUCCUUUUCUGAUCAUUCUCACAAGUUACACUCUUAUUUGGAAAACCCUAAAGAAGGCUUAUGAAAUUCAGAAGAACAAACCAAGAAAUGAUGAUAUCUUCAAGAUAAUUAUGGCAAUUGUGCUUUUCUUUUUCUUUUCCUGGGUACCCCACCAAAUAUUUACUUUUCUGGAUGUGCUGAUUCAGCUGGGCAUCAUACAUGACUGUCAUAUCGCAGAUAUCAUUGACACUGCCAUGCCCAUCACCAUUUGCAUAGCUUAUUUUAACAAUUGCCUAAACCCUUUUUUUUAUGGCUUUCUGGGAAAAAAAUUUAAAAAAUAUAUUCUCCAGCUUCUGAAAUACAUUCCCCCAAAGGCCAAAUCCUACCCAAGCCUAUCCACAAAAAUGAGCACACUCUCCUACCGCCCCUCAGAUAAUGUAAGCUCAUCCACCAAGAAGCCUGCCCCUUGUUUUGAGAUUGAGUGACAUGCCUGUCUGUGAAGGAAACUUGUGAAAGAAACAGAAAGAAAAACAUUCCUCCAGAGCACUUCACUACCAAAUAAGCAUUAAGUCCUUUCAGAAGUUAAGGAGAAAAUGGAUUUCAUGGAUAGAAUUGAUUUCUCUAAAGCUCAGAACAAACACUUUUCCUUGUGCAGGAAAACAAAGCAAACCCACAUUU